AUGGGAAUUUCUUUAAAAUAUACUGAAAGUAUAUUAUCUUUUCACGGCUACCCCCGGAAAAACGGCUACCCCCGGAAAAACGGCUACCCCCGGAAAAACGGCUACCCCCGGAAAAACGGCUACCCCCGGAAAAACGGCUACCCCCGGAAAAACGGCUACCCCCGGAAAAACGGCUACCCCCGGAAAAACGGCUACCCCCGGAAAAACGGCUACCCCCGGAAAAACGGCUACCCCCGGAAAAACGGCUACCCCCGGAAAAACGGCUACCCCCGGAAAAACGGCUACCCCCGGAAAAACGGCUACCCCCGGAAAAACGGCUACCCCCGGAAAAACGGCUACCCCCGGAAAAACGGCUACCCCCGGAAAAACGGCUACCCCCGGAAAAACGGCUACCCCCGGAAAAACGGCUACCCCCGGAAAAACGGCUACCCCCGGAAAAACGGCUACCCCCGGAAAAACGGCUACCCCCGGAAAAACGGCUACCCCCGGAAAAACGGCUACCCCCGGAAAAACGGCUACCCCCGGAAAAACGGCUACCCCCGGAAAAACGGCUACCCCCGGAAAAACGGCUACCCCCGGAAAAACGGCUACCCCCGGAAAAACGGCUACCCCCGGAAAAACGGCUACCCCCGGAAAAACGGCUACCCCCGGAAAAACGGCUACCCCCGGAAAAACGGCUACCCCCGGAAAAACGGCUACCCCCGGAAAAACGGCUACCCCCGGAAAAACGGCUACCCCCGGAAAAACGGCUACCCCCGGAAAAACGGCUACCCCCGGAAAAACGGCUACCCCCGGAAAAACGGCUACCCCCGGAAAAACGGCUACCCCCGGAAAAACGGCUACCCCCGGAAAAACGGCUACCCCCGGAAAAACGGCUACCCCCGGAAAAACGGCUACCCCCGGAAAAACGGCUACCCCCGGAAAAACGGCUACCCCCGGAAAAACGGCUACCCCCGGAAAAACGGCUACCCCCGGAAAAACGGCUACCCCCGGAAAAACGGCUACCCCCGGAAAAACGGCUACCCCCGGAAAAACGGCUACCCCCGGAAAAACGGCUACCCCCGGAAAAACGGCUACCCCCGGAAAAACGGCUACCCCCGGAAAAACGGCUACCCCCGGAAAAACGGCUACCCCCGGAAAAACGGCUACCCCCGGAAAAACGGCUACCCCCGGAAAAACGGCUACCCCCGGAAAAACGGCUACCCCCGGAAAAACGGCUACCCCCGGAAAAACGGCUACCCCCGGAAAAACGGCUACCCCCGGAAAAACGGCUACCCCCGGAAAAACGGCUACCCCCGGAAAAACGGCUACCCCCGGAAAAACGGCUACCCCCGGAAAAACGGCUACCCCCGGAAAAACGGCUACCCCCGGAAAAACGGCUACCCCCGGAAAAACGGCUACCCCCGGAAAAACGGCUACCCCCGGAAAAACGGCUACCCCCGGAAAAACGGCUACCCCCGGAAAAACGGCUACCCCCGGAAAAACGGCUACCCCCGGAAAAACGGCUACCCCCGGAAAAACGGCUACCCCCGGAAAAACGGCUACCCCCGGAAAAACGGCUACCCCCGGAAAAACGGCUACCCCCGGAAAAACGGCUACCCCCGGAAAAACGGCUACCCCCGGAAAAACGGCUACCUCCAGAAAAACGAUCCAUGA